UUCUCUCUCUCUCUCUCCCUCUCACUUUCACUCUCUCUCUCUCUCCCUCUCUCUCUCUCUCUCUCUCUCUCUCUCUCUCUCAGAGCUGCUCAUUGAACAAACACAUGAGUUUGAGUUCAGGAAACCUGGAAGUGGAAGUGGUGCUGCUCUGCUCUGUCCUCUUUCAUUCAGUGGAUCUGUUCAUCUGUUAAAGUUGCAGCAGGGCUUUGUUCCGCACAGGCUCCUCCACCGGCUCCUCCACCGGCUCCUCCACCGGCUCCUCCACCGGCUCCUCCACUCUGCAGGCACCGACACAAAGCCUCCUGAAGACACUCUGGGCUUUUUUAGUGCGAUCAUGUGUGCAGACGGCGUCCUCACUCGUUCUUUCAGUUCUUCAGUGGACGCUCAGGGCUCCUCGAACAUCUCCUCGUUGUGUCCUAAUGGUUCUCAGUGGGUGUUGGACGUCCUGGGGGAGUGUGCCCAGGAUGGGAGGGACAUGGCCAGCAUCUACCUGGGCCUGCUGUCCAUCCUCUGCUUCAUGGUGUCUUCACUACCGCAGUACUACAGCUCCUGUAAAACAGGGAACAUGGACAGUGCUCUGUCCAUCUGGUUCCUGCUGCUGUGGUUGGGGGGGGACACCUGUAACCUGGUGGGCUCUUAUCUGGCAGACCAGCUCCCCCUGCAGACGUACACUGCGGUGUAUUACGUGGCUGCGGACCUGCUGAUGUUGGCCAUGUACUUCUACUACAAACUGAAGAACAGAGCGGACCAACGCAGGGCCGUCGUACAUGUUGUGGGCGUGGCUUGUAUCCUGAGCUUCGCCGGCGGCUUCGCUCACCUCCCAGGACUGAGAUCCCGACAGGAAACGGUGUCGGCCGGAUUCAGAGGCCGAGCUCUGCUGUCAACGUCUGACAGCGGUUCUGUAAGGGCGUUUACACCCAAAGAAAUCGUGGGCUUUUCCAUCGGGUCGGUGUCGUCGGUGCUGUACCUGUGCUCCAGACUGCCUCAGAUCUACACUAAUUUUAAGAGGAAGUCCACAGAGGGCGUGUCCUACUUCCUGUUUGCGCUGGUCAUCCUGGGGAACACCACGUACGGCCUGAGCGUGUUACUGAAGAACCCGGACCAAGGCCAGGGCGAGAGCAGCUACAUGAUCCACCACCUGCCCUGGCUCAUCGGCAGCCUGGGAACCCUGUCCUUGGACAUCGUCAUCUCCAUCCAGUUCAUAAUUUAUCGCAAAGCUCCAAAACGUCACGUGGACGACAACGGUGUGGACGAGACUUCGCCCUUGAUGGGCAGUUAGACCAGGACCGGACCGGACCGGACCGGGUCUGAGUGGAGCAGUUCCACUUCCACCAGUGGUUUGAAGGUGUUUGUGUUUCUUCUGCUGUUUUCCUCCAUGUUUCCAGUGUGUUUGUGCAGACACAGACCAGUGGAGACUCCAGACGGGUUCAAGGACGUCUGAACCCAAACAUGUGCAGGUCUGUGUGUGUGGACCUGAGCCUGGACCCGGUCCAGUCUGAGGUUCACACUGCUUCUGAACUCUGUCUGACUCUGGACAAGCACACAUGUGGUUCUGUUGGAAAAACCACAAAUGUAUCAUACAAGUGUAAAUUAUAUUCAGAGCGUUUUAACCGAUGUUUAUACCAAGUGCCAUAAUCGACAAAAAAGUGUAUUUUUUGUAUUUUAACUGAUUUUAUUUGGUUUUAGAUCAUUUUAAAUGUAGUUUAACAGCUGUAUUUACUGUUUGCUUGGACCGGUUUUGUUUGCACUGGUGAUGACGUCACUGAAGUCCAAAUUUCACCAACCAUGAUUCACUCACAUUUUCACUGUCACAGUUUUUGCACAUUUGAACACAAACGGUGGUUUUUGUACUCUGAACAUUGUUAAAUAUGUUGGAUGGGUCAUUUGUACUGUAAACAUUAAAUACAUGCAUUUGGA